CUCCAUAUCAAAUCAAUAUUUGCUUAACUACUCUUUCAGUUUAAUUUCUUUCAACAAACUUUGAUUGAAGAAUGAAGAAGGUCUCCAAUAAUAAUGUCCUUUCCAUGGGAGUAGUGAUGGUGGUGGUGGUGGUAAUGUUAGCAACCCAAAUUCACAUGUCACAGGCAGUGACAUGCAACGUAUCUGAGCUGAGCCCCUGCGCUCCGGCGAUCUCGUCGGGAGCGGCACCGUCGAGCGCAUGCUGCAGCAAGUUGAAGGAGCAGAGUCCAUGCCUUUGUGGGUACCUCAAGAACCCUAAUCUCAAGCAGUUUGUUAAUUCUCCCAAUGCUAGAAAGGUUGCUAACUCCUGUGGUGUCCCCUUCCCCAAGUGUUAAACCCCCUAUAUAUACAUAUAUAGAUAUAUAAGUAUGGUGAGUGUAUGGUGUCUAAGCAUAUGAAAGAGUGGCUAAUUAGAUAUAUAGAGUAUGCUUUAAUGAAUAAGAUGUUGUGAUGUUAAUUAAUCAUCAUAGGUUGUGUAUGUGUGUCCAACAUUUCAGCCUAUUGUAAAAUUUUUUUUGUUGUAAGGUAAGAAGUUUUAUUGCUAAAA